GGUGGACACCACCACGGGGGGCAGCAUGGUGGCAACCCCCUCAGGAAAUACUCCCUCUUCCUUGGGCUCGCCUUAGUAUUUGCAUUGCUACCUACCGUACUGGUCAUGCACAGUAGAGUCGACCAGUGCAAGACGAUACUGGAGCGACUUGGGCGGGAGCAAAGAGGCUUUUCAGCAAAUCCGUUCAGCCAUUACAACCUCUGCAAAAUACGAUUGCGGCUUGCGGGUCUGACGGCUGAGGCGCGUCAAAAUGCUCGGGAGCACCCUCGCAGCUCCAGCACCGGCGGCGUAACUAGUGGUAGCAGCAGCAGCAGCGGUGGCGUCAAUGCUACACAGGCUAGCAAAGAUCCGCAGCAGUCCCAAGGGCAGGGACAGGCAGCAAAGCAGGAUGCAGGAGGGCAGUUAGCAGGCGCCAAAAUCGCGCCACAGCCACCACCCUCUCCUUCACCGCCACCGCCCUCGCCACCACCACCACCACCUUCCCCUCCCCCACCCGCACCUCCCCCACCCGCGCCGCCACCGCCCUCGCCACCUCCUCCGUCACCUGCGCCCUCCCCGCCACCUCCCUCGCCACCACCUCCCUCGCCACCGCCUCCCUCGCCAGCGGCUUCACAGCAGCAGCAACAAACGCAGCAGCAACAACAACAACAGCCUCAGCCUCAGCAGCAGGGCGGCAGCAGCAGCACGGGCACCAAGGCAACCAGCGGUCGGGCUGCCUUCCACGAGUACGACGUGUCUAAGCUGAUCUCCACAGAGGUCUCCGCGACGGCCACCGAUGUGCACAGCGACAAGGAGGACUGGUCGGACUUUGACCUGCCCAAGACGCAAGCGGAUGUUGACCGGCUCAUGACCCUUCCACACGUGGAUGAGUGCUACUACUGCAAGGUCUGCAUCCCCAACUCGGCGCUGCGGCUGAAGCAGCCAGGGCAGCAGCAGCAACAGCAGCAGCAAUCCCAGCAGGCGGCGGCAGCUAAGACCACGCGGCGGCGGUUGCUCAGCGCACAGGAACGAGCCAGCGAGGCCUACCGCGCCAACCCUGCGGAAGCCGAGGGCCUCAUCUACGGCCUCAAACCACUUGAGGGACCCUUCUCGGCGCAUGGCUUCUCAAGCGGCGGUGGCAGCGACUCCGGCUGUAACAACGGCGCAUGCGGCGGCAGCCGCAGCAGUAGCAGCAGCUCCUUCCACUCCCGCAAGCUCAGUGAGUACCACGGGGCUCCUGAACAGGAGGAGGAAGACGUUACCGCAGAGCAGGCGGCUGCGGAGGCUGAGCUGUACGACAACGGUAGCAGCAGCCAGCAGCAGCAGCUGCACCGACAUGGUCGGCGACUGGCGGAGGAGGAGAAGUACCAGGCGCUUGACACGACGGAGUCGGGUCCGGAUUACCACAUCGGCGGGCGCAUUUACAACAUCAGCAACAUUGCGCCCGGUCGCCGCAUCUUCCAGUCCAAGUCGCACCUGCCCAACUGCACGCUGUGCCGCGGCUGCGAUCACACGCUGGAAAUGAUGGCGUCGGGCUCCAUCCUGCUUGGCUCCUACUACGCGCACGAGCCGGGCGGCAGCCCCUCCUGGCUCUUCCGCGUGCGCACCGACCGCACGGCUUCGGGCUGGGCGGUGGUCAAGGUGUGGUGCAUCCCCGUGCUCAAGCCCAAGCAGCGCGGCCUGGGCAUGUGCGACCCCAAGAAGGUCUACGCGCAGGUCAAGCUGCUUCUGGCGCAGCAAAAGCUGACUGCCGAGUGCGGCAUGAACGAGAUCGUGCCCAAGGUGUGGGUGGAGCCGUUGAACGGCGUCAUGCCCGGCUCGGGCUUCCACGUCAAGUGGCUGGGGCUGUGGGCGGACAUCGCGGACGGGGUGUCGGUGCAGAACAUCCAGGAGGCCGGCAAGCCGCCCCUGCAGCCCGAGCUGCUGGUGGAGCUGCUGUCCAAGCGCAUCAACCACCACGAGCUGGUGCAGGGCGCCAUCUUCGACCUGCUCUUCUCGCAGUGCGACAGACACCAGCAGAACAUCUUCCUCACGGAGACCGGCAAGUUCUGGCUGAUUGAUAAUGACCAGGUGUACGCGACUGCCUGGCGGCGCUGCGGCAUCGACUCGCUGCUGGUGCCCACCACCCAGAAGUUUAUGAUCAACCACCUGGGCUUCUUCUACGUGCUCAAGUACCCGCAGAAGAACCCGCCGCGCGGCCCCGCCAAGUUCCUGUCGCCGCUGCUGCUCAUGGACUACCGCUGCCAUGCGGAGGGCGGCUCCAUCGGCAAGAAGUUCACCCCCGAGCUGACGGAGUGCCUGUCGCACAUCAGCAGCAUGAGCUCGCCCGACAUCCAGGAGCAGUACGGCUACCCCGUGCUGCGCAUGGCGGACGCGGUGCGCAACAGGUCGCGAGACCUGCUGGCGCACGGCUACGAGUGGACGCUGCUGUACGGCCAGCCCACCAACCAGGCCAUGCACCGCUACAAGAUCGCGCCCAAGUGCUGCGACAUGCACUUCAACCGCUCCGUCAGCAACUACGUCUGCGACACGCCAGGCUGGAGGCAAAUGACGGAGAUUCCGUACGGCAACGCAUGGCACGGAGGCGUCUGGCACGGCACCAAGGGCCUGGACACGGGCUCCUAUGUGGGUGGCACAUCGUUCCUGCCAGAAUGGUGGACAUCCGCUGAUGAAGACAAAUGAUGGUGAAAACAGCAGUUGGGUAUAACAGAGGGCGCAGAUUCGCUCCGAAACCUAGUCCAAUGGGGACCAACUUUGAGGACGUGGUAAAAGCCAACACGAGAACUGACCUAGAAGGUUUAGUAUUAGGGCCUCGUGACGCUUCUGUGAUGCUGAACACCGUUUUCGCGCGCGGAUGUGAACACGUUACAAGAUUAGACAUUGUUAGACAGCCUUCCUUUAUGUUUUUACUGGGGUUUUGCAAUGUUGGGGUAGCCUUGCGAGGCUAUGUAGCCUGAACGCAGGUGGGAUGGCGCGCAUACGCACUAACACGCGGUCGUGUAUUGGCUGGUUGGACUCUUCUGGGCUGGCUGAGGCAGCUAUACCGUGCUUAGCUUGAAGGUGCUGACGGACCGGGUGACCGGCAGCCAGUCCUAUUGAGGACUCUGGACGGACGAGUGGGGAUAGCAAGGGAUGGUGCGGGUAGUGUCCAAGCUGGCGUGCAACCACGAAUGCGAUGUGCCAUUGGUGAGAUGGCCGCAGCAUGCUUGGGAGGAUAGCAGCGGGAAAGAAACGCAUUGAUGGACACUGCGCGCGACUGACAUGUGACAUCUUGCGUGAAUGCACGACUGCGCCUUUAUUAGGGUGUUAGCUGUAAAGGGCUGUUCAGGUGGGCUACUUGG